CACGUGUGACAGCACAGAAGCCCCUCCCGGCGCCCAAACCAUAUGAUCUGAGACUUAACAAUUUGCCUCCUUUCUCCCUGUAAUUCUAGCUUGACGGAAAUAGGAUCGCGUGUGAGCACAGAAGGGGCUCUUUGCCAGCGGGAGCGUCAGGGGCUGUUGUCACCAGCCAGGACCUUGGCCAGGGAGGCAGGGCAAGGGAAGGAGCGCAUCGCGGGAGGGCUGAGCGAAUGAAUGGAUGGAGUUUGCGAGAACUUCCUCGGAAAUGCGUGUUGGUGAAACCUAGGAUCCGAGAACGCCAGGUCCUUCCCUGGCAGACCCAAGUGACACGUCCUGCAUUGGCGUGGGGCCCAGACCCUGGAUGCGGGUGGCCUGGCCCCCUGCUGGCCUGUGACCGUCCCCAACUGGAUGGAGCCAUGGCUCCCAUGUUCCUCCUGCUGCUGCUGCUGCUGUGGCUCCAGAGCCAUGUCUCAGGUGCCCCUGCCGAGAACGUGUACACAAAAGUAAAGCACUUUGAAGGGGAGACCUUGUCUGUGCAGUGUUCCUACAAGAGCCGCAAAAACCACGUGGAGGGUAGAGUAUGGUGCAAAAUCAGGAAGAAGAAGUGUGAGCCUGGAUUCACCCGGGUCUGGGCGCAGGGGCCGCGCUACGUGCUACAGGAUGACACCAAGGCCAAGGUGGUCAAGAUCAGCAUGGCAGCCCUCAGGCGCCAGGACUCUGGCCGCUACUGGUGCAUGCGCAACAGCUCUGGGACCCUGUACCCAAUGAUGGGCUUCCAGCUGGAAGUGUCUCCAGCCUCUACCACCAAGAGAAGCACUCCUCUUGCACAUCUGGCCAAUAUCCUCAAGAGUGGAAUUGUUGUCACAUCGGGCCCAACCCCUACCUCAGGCCCUGAUGCCCCAUUCACCACCAGCAUGACAAUGUUCACACCUGAUCUCCUCACCUUGACCAGACUCGUGUCCCCCACUGCCUCAGAGUCCAUCAGACUGACCUCUGUGACAGACUACAGCUUCACCAGCACUGGCCCUUCUACCACGGGGCCUAGGAGGACCAUGGGGUCCCAGAUAGUGACUGUGUCUCCCAGCGAUGCCAGAGCCUCCUCUGCUGGCCCAGCAUCCAUAUCCACCAGGGCUGGGCACCUGCGCACCGGAUCACCCACCACAGAAGUGUGCCACACCAGCGGGGCUCUCCUCAACAAGUUAUCCCCUAUCAGGCACCAGGAUUCACAUCCCACUGUGUACCUGGGGAUACUGAUCUUCCUCCUAGUGUCUGUGAUGUUGAUCGUGGUCUAUGGGUUCUGGAAGAAGAGACACAUGGGAAGCUACAGGGUAUGCAAUGAUCCCACUAGACCCUGGAGGGACCCACUUGGAAGACCAGAGCCUCCGUGGAAGCCUGUGUGAUCUGAGACCACUUAACUGUGGAGUGGGGGAACUCUUCCUGGAGGGGCCUUUGGAGGCCAGAGGAGGAUGGAGCUGGGAACCUGUCUGAACUAGAGCCAGGCUGGGGGCUGAGGACUUGCUCAAGGCCGGACUCAGGCCUCCCUAGAACGAGAGGCUGCUCUUCACCUGCUCAGUCCCCCUGGGCUGCCGAGAACCUGGGAUGGCACCCAGAGUGGAGGGUACCGGCAGGAAGCCCCAGGGGAAGCCACCAAGGGGAUUCUGCUCAGAGCCACAGAGUCCUGGGCCCCAGCUGGUGGCAGAGAAGCCCUGACGGUGCUGUACCCAGACAGGGAGCUCACGGCCCGUGGGCCUCAGGACCCCUUGCGAUGGAGCAGAGGAAAGUGGACUGGUGGACAGCUGCCCUCUCCCCAUCUGGAACCCUGUGUCCUCAGCAACCCUCUGCUCCCUCAAGCUUCCCCAUGUGCUUGGGGGGAAAAAAAGCCCCAGAGGCAGCCAGUGUUUCAAAGGCCUUGCCCUGGAGAAGAAGGAAUAGCAACUUGAUGCUGGAGGUCCAUGGCAGCUGAGGACCCCAGAGUGGUCCAAGUCCCCCACACUCAGGGCUAUGCGUCCCCUGAUGGGCCUCUGGAGGUGCCCUGCCCUGACCUCAGCUGCUGGUCCCUCAAGUCCUGGGAGCCAGCAGAGCCCAGCCUCCCACUGCUGCCACCUGCUGGCUGGCCCUUCAGGGAAAGCUUGCGACCAGGCUGCCCAGAGCCCUUGGCUGCAGGACCAGCCUGUCCCCAGACUGGCAUGCAGAGGCUGCACUCAGAACUGUCUCCCCUGGAUCCCAACUCCAGACCUGAGCUCCCCCACAGGAGACUGAGGGCCCUCCAGAGUCCACCGCAGGGGAGGCCACUGCUCAGGGAAAGAGUAGAUCACCUACCUUCCCCUGGGGACUCAUUGUCCCCUGGGAAGAGAGGAGCUACUUGUGACACAGCAAGGACAGCUUGGAGCAGAGUACAGUCUGGAGGGACGCCUUGGUGGGUGCAGGGCCAGGGUGGGAGUGGGGUGGUCCAAUGGCCGAAGGAGCCUGGCCUCUGCUUCACUGGCUCCUGGCUCAGAAUCGGCCUCUUCUAUAGUGAGGACUGAAGAAUACAGACUGGGUUCGUCCUCUAGAGCAGGGGCUCCAGCAGCCUAGGGCAACUGGAAUAAGCACCUAGGGAUCGUGACAUCUCCACUCCACCCGGGGGCAGAGACCUCUCACAUGGGAAGAGCAUUCUCAUAGUCAAGAGAAUGACGCAGCUGGAGCUUUGAUGGGUAGCUGCCCCCAGAAUGGAUGUAGCGAGAGAGGAAGAGGCAGGAGGUAAUCCUGGGGGACAGCAGGGAGGAGGCACCUUUUUCCUCCGUCCAGGAGAGGGCACCAGAGGAGACUCAGACUGAGGAACUGACAAGCCUUGUGCCAACACACACACACACACACACACACACACACACACACACACACAGAGUGAUAGCCAUCCUCCCUAUCGGGAGGGUGUGGCCACGACCUUGGUGUGUAACCAGGAGGGGGCUGAAUUUCCCCAGAGGAAUAAAGCUCCCCAAGACCCCCCCCUCCCCAGAUCCUACAACAGCACACUGACAGCCCUUCCUCAUCUGAGAACAGGAUGUCUUGUGGGAGAGCGGCAGAGGGCUCAGGACGGGGACCCAGCGAGGCCACCUGUCCCUGCGUGACCCUGAGCCAGUCACUAGCCCUCGGGUCUCAUCUUCCUCUCUUGUAAAAGGCGAACACUAACUCCUACCUCUCAAGACUGCUUUCAGGAUAAAAUGACGUGACACAAACCUCCCA